GGUCAACACAAGAGAAGGGUCGGUUUGUUCCUUUCUUCCCGGUACGCUUUUCUCCAACGCCAUAGCCAAGACUCAAACGAGAUUCUGAUUCAACAGUGUUUGCUUGAUCUGCAUCUUCUAUCCCACUAAACCUUCUCCUCUCUCGAUCAAACGCACCUGCUUUACAUUAGAUCGGAUUUGAUCGAGCGAUUUCGAUUAGGAAUCGCGAUGUCAAUCCGAAUUCCACCAGCUUGUUUGGAUUUUCGCGGUUUCAUACUCUGUUUCAUCUUCUUCAGCUCGUUCCCUGGAACAAUUCUAACACAACAAGUUACAUUAGAUUCGAUUCAGAUUUUCAAAACUCACGGUUGGUUCUCGAGUAAGCCUACAGUCUAUUUCCAAUGCAAAGGAGAGAACAAGACGGUGUUGCCUGAUGUGAAGAGCACUAAUGUGUCUUAUUCUUUCAAAGGCGAAGAAUCUUGGCAGCCCCUAACCGAGCUUAAAGGAACAAAAUGCAAGAGAUGCGGAAUCUACGAGGAUGACACCCUUACGUAUGAUACCUUUGACGAAUGGGAGCUUUGUCCUUCUGAUUUCACAGCAGAGGGUAGCUACAAGCGCAUCAAAGAGAAAGAAUUUAAUGCUACUUUCCUCUGUCAUGGAUGCUCACAAGUUGGAGCUGGUUCGAAUAAAGAAUCGGGCAAUGACAAGGAAAAGGAAAAGGGCGGAAUGCACCCUGCAAUAGUGGCACUGAUUGUAGUAAUCGUGUUAGGUGCAGUUGUGAUGGGACUCUUGGUAGGUUAUCAGUAUUGGAGGAAGAAGAAACGGCAACAAGAGCAGGCCCGGUUUCUCAAGCUGUUUGAAGAUGGUGAUGAGAUUGAGGACGAACUUGGCCUUGAAAAUACCCUAUGAAGCUCAUGUCACCUCUGUGUACAUACAUACAGGAUUUCUUGAUCAACCUCACAACAGUUUUUUAGUUUUUGGUAAAGAUAUAGAGGAGAAAAGGAUACAAUGUAUGCUCCUAGCUUUUGUUCAUCCAACGAGAUAAGUCAAUGAUGUUAUUUCUUGUUAUCAAUGUUUGGCAAUUGAAUCUUCUGCUUCAUCUAAAGACAAAGUUCAA